AUGAUCGCACAUUACGAUCGCAUCCGAGACGAGCUCUUAACGGGUCGGCCUGUAUCGGAUCAGGGCGAAACUCACAGCCGGAAAAAGCGGCCCAGAACUCUAGCCUCCGACGGCCUUCCGCUCCCGCUCUGGCUCACUAAUGUCAUCUUCGUUAUAACGUUCGUUCUUUCUAGCUGCUACCUCCUCCGCAGAUGGCGCGUGAAGCUAGACUCUUCCGAAAAGCUCCAUAUUUUAUUAUGGCGGGACUUAGCGGCCGUCACGCUCGCGAUCUGCUCGUUUAUCUACUUAAUUGGUUUCCUGGGGAUCGGGUAUGUUCAAGCGACAGUGGGGCUGAGCGUAUUAUCGGACGAAGAGGAAGAGGAAGAGGAGGAGGAGGAGGAGGAGGAGCGGGAGGAGGAAGAGGAGCAAUCGUCAAGAAAGCUUCGUCACUGCCAGCACCAAGAGCAGGCUAAGGAGCUUGCUCACCGCGCUCCUUCUUUUGAGUCCUAUCUCCGGCCUUCGUCCUUCGAGCCUGAGUGUGCUUCUAAAGCGGUUCCGGUUCCAUCCACUGCAGCCGUCCCUUCCGUUACAGUCUCUGCUGGUACAAUCACGCCGAACACCAGCGCCGACAGCUUGAAAACCUUCGUCUUCAAGUCCGACAGUGCAUCCUCGUUACAAGACGUCCCGUUACAAGACCUUCCGGACGACGACAUUGCGCGCGCCGUCGCGCGCGGCGCCAUUCCCAUGCACUCCCUUGAGGCGCAACUCGGCAACACCCUCCGCGCCGCCGCGGUCCGGCGGCGCGCCGUGGAGAUUAAAACCGGCCGAUCCCUAGCCGGGCUCCCGCUGGAGAACUACGACUACGACGCGAUCCGCGGCGCGUGCUGCGAGAUGGUGAUCGGCCACGUGGCGAUCCCCAUGGGUGUAGCGGGACCGUUACUUUUGGACGGAACGGAAUAUUUUGUACCAAUGGCUACGACCGAAGGGUGCCUUGUCGCUAGCACGAACCGAGGCUGCAAAGCCAUCUGCGCCGCCGGCGGCGCGCGCAGUGUCGUGCUCCGCGACGGCAUGACACGCGCGCCCGCCGUGCAGCUCCCCUCCGCGGUGCGCGCGGCGGAGCUGAAGGCAUACGCGGAAAGCCCGCGCAACUGGGCGGAGCUCGCGGAAGCCUUCAACAGCAGCAGCCGGUUCGCGCGCCUGCGAAGCCUCCGCGUGGCGGUCGCCGGGCGGAACGCGUUUAUCCGCGUGGAGUGCGGCACGGGCGACGCCAUGGGCAUGAACAUGGUUUCCAAGGGCACCGCGAGCGUGCUCGGCGCGCUGCGGGACGCGUUCCCGGAUAUGCGCGUGGUGAGCAUGUCGGGGAACUACUGCGCGGACAAGAAGGCGACUGCGGUCAACUGGAUUCACGGCCGCGGGAAAUCCGUCGUCUGCGAGGCAACUAUUCCCGGCCACGUGGUGGAAUCGGUGCUAAAGACAACGGUUGCCGCCCUGGUGGAGCUCAACACCGUUAAGAACCUCGUGGGUUCGGCCAUGGCGGGCGCGGUGGGCGGCAGCAACGCGCACGCGAGCAAUAUCGUCACGGCGGUGUUUCUCGCCACGGGGCAGGACCCUGCGCAGAACGUGGAGAGCUCGCAGUGCCUCACUCUGCUGGAACCUGCUAAUGAUGGCAAGGAUCUGCACGCCUCGGUGACCCUACCUGCGAUUGAAGUGGGCACUGUCGGCGGAGGAACCUUCCUUGCACCGCAGGCGGCGGCACUCGCCCUGCUGGGAGUGAAGGGCGCGCACAGCACGCAGCCAGGGCUGAAUGCGCAGCAGCUGGCACGGGUGGUGGCGGCAGCUGUGCUGGCGGGGGAGCUCUCGCUCUGCUCCGCCCUCGCCUCUGGUCACCUCGUGCAGGCGCAUCUUAAAUACAACCGCUCCACCCUCAAUGCUACCGCUGCUGCUGCUGCUGCUGCUGCUGCUGCUGCUGCUGCUCCUGCCGUCAUUGCUGCUGAUACUGCCGCUGCUGCUGUUGCUGCUCCUGCAUUCGCUUCUGCUGUUACUGAAGCUGCUGGUGCUUCUGCUAAGUGUGCUGCAGUUGCUGCUGCUGGCCCCUCUGCGGGUGCCUCUGUGUUCAGGGCUGUGGCGAGUGAGUCGGACUGCAGUGAGGAUGGGUCUUCGGAGGGGCUGUGUAUGGCGGACAAGUGCUGA